AAGUUUGACAGCAUUUGACAGUUAACAGUCUUCCUCUGUGGGGAACGGUUUGGUAUUGUUUGAUUAAAAAUUUUAGUAAUGUGCACGAAUGUAUCGUAAAUAAUUCAAUUAAAAGAAACAUGAUAUAAGAUGUAAUUUAUUUAUAUAAAAUAACUAAAAUGAAAUUAAUACAAUAAUUAAAAACCGACAUCGUUGGUCAUGGAUGACAGUCUUAUUCACGUUUUUAAAAUACUUGAAAGUUACUGAUUCGAUAAGCUCACUCAGUGUUUGAGACACAUUAAUAAUUCUAUAAUAGUUACACAAUGGCUUCUGCCAUGGAGCAACAACAACAACAGCAGCAACAGCAGCAGCAGCAACAGCAACAACAGCAGCAACAGCAACAGCAAACUACUUUAGAAUUUUAUCAAGCAAUGGCUGAUUUUAAAAAUAUGUUUCCACAAAUGGAUGAUGAUGUGAUCGAGGCUGUAUUAAGAUCUAAUCAAGGAGCUGUUGAUACGACAAUUGAUCAGUUACUAACUAUGAGUACCGACAAUGAAAAUGAAAAAAUUAGAAGCGAAUUAGAACAAAGUGAAAAGUCACCGAGUACCUCAAAAUUGCCACCAAUAGAUUCAAAUAUAUCAAUAAAAAGUAUACGUAAAUGGCAACCUGCUAUGUUAGGACCAUUACCAGAUACAUUCCUUAGACUUUCUCAACAAGUUCCAGAAGAUAGUUUGGAUUCAUCAUAUUUACAAGAUAAUUCUAUGUUAGAAGAUGAAAGAAUUGCUAUGUUUCUUCAGAAUGAAGAAUUUAUGGCUGAACUACGUUGGAAUGAAGAUUUUCUGUCAACCUUAGAAAAUGACACAAAAAUACAAGGAACAAACCUUGAAAAGUGCAGUGGUCAAGUUGGCCACGAUGAUGAAGAUCUUUUUAAAGAAAGACUAAAGAAUAUGGGAAAAGUGUCCCGACGUAAGUUUGCACAACUUACUAAAGUGUUCACACGCAGUAAAAAACGUGGAGGUAGACAAUUAUUACCUCCAACAGCUUCUUGCGAUGAUUUAUUGGAUCCUGAGGAAUCAUCUAGAUCUCAACCUUAGACAUUUGAUCAAUUUCCUUAUUUUAUUCACAAAAAACUUCAGUAAUUGAUACUUAUAAUGAUGUGUCGUCCAAAAGUAAGAAAAGCAUAUCCACAUUAAUAACUAAAUGGAAAUUUACGAAAAAAAUUUAGAUGGAAAUAGUUUUACCUAUACAGAUUGUUUAACAAUAAGCUAAAAGUAGCAAAGUUUAUGUCCUGAACAAUGAUUAAUACAUCAGUACUUACUGGGUUGUUUAAAUAACUCUACUCAAAAGCUUAGAAAGAUCAAAAAGCAGCAUAUGUGAAUAAUACUACUAGAUAUUAUUUUAAAAAAAAAGAAAAAAAUAUAAAACUAUAAAAUAUUUCGUAUUUUAAUAAUAUAUUAUAAAUAAGAACACAUUCUAUAAAGCAGCAGUACAAUAAUUGCUACUGUCAUAUUGUUAAAAUUGGUAUAUGUGAAAUCUUGAUGAUAAAAUUGUCUUUUAAUCAUAAGAACAUACAUUUUAUUUAAAUUUUUAUGAAUGGUAUAUUACUGUUAAUUUAUAUUAUUUAUACAUAGUGAAAUGUUGAUUUUACUUUACGAAAUUUAUAACUGUUUUUCGACAGAAGCUUUUCACAACUUAUUUUUAUUUAAAACAUGACAUUUGUAAUUCAUAGUAAAUGUUGUUAAAGUAUAAAAUAAACAAUACUUACGAGUACUGCAUUAAUUAUACAAUGAUAGAUACAAUGAAACUAUUAAAAUCAAAAAAUACAUUGAGGAAAUUAUGAUAUGUUUAAUUUAAAAAUGAUUCUAUAAUUCAGAAUUGAUUGGUAUAAAAGUAGACUUUGUUUUAUAUUGGGAAAUCUAACAUUAUUGUUAUAGCAAUAAUAAUAUUUUCGAAUUUAUAAAUACAUUUCCCAAAAAUACCUAUUUAGAGGUAUAAGUGUAAUGAAUUCUAGUCUGUUUAUCUAGCCAUGACUUAUUUAAUAAUAAAUAUCAAGCGUUGCAUUAUAACGUUGGCGUAGAAGUUAUGUGAACGAACAUAAUUAAAUAUGACGAUAUAUCCUACAAAUAUGAGAAUGAAUUAAAAAAUACUAAACUCAAAUAUACUGAUGUAAAAAUAAACCAUAUAGUUUUUAGUGUCUGAUAAAUCAAACUUUGUUCAACGUAUUAAUGUAUAUUUUUAUUUUCUCAUUAUUGUAAUAUAUAAUACAAGUUAUGAAAGGUUUACGAAAAUAAAAUAAAAUUUAUAGUAUAUGAAAUAUUACAAAACUAUUUUUUAUAAAACAUACAAUAGUAUCAUACAUUAUACAGCAGUAACUAAAAGUAUGAAACAAAAAUAUUUAACAAUCUUAACAAACUUAAAAUCGA